ACCUCAUCUAUGUCGCGCCAACCAAAACCUAGAAGACGAUAUAACGAUGAGGAAAACAUGAGUAAAGUUCAUCAAGAUGAAGAUUAUGUUUAUCCAUCAUUAGACAUCUCUGAUGAUGAAGAUUUCCCAGUGUUUAAGCCUAGAGGUAAGAAGAAAGAAGAUGAGGCUUGGAAUCCAAAGGCUAGAGUGCGUGUAUCAGGCCCUCGACCAGAACGUCCCAUGAGACAAGGAGUUAGAAGACAAGCCGUAGAGAAAGGAUUAGAACAAGCAGCAGCAAGAAGACAAAAUUUACCUGUAAGCUUUACAGUUUGCUUCACAACUUAUAUUUUAACAAGCUUGCUAUGUAAGGCAUAUAGUGCGAAAGUGGUCUAACCUGCCCGAUGUAAAUUUUGAGUAAUUAGCGGUCAAAGUUAAUUACUGAUUACCACCGAAUAAAUUGGUGCAAUGUAUUACUAUUAUACAUCAAAUUAAAUGUUUAGGCUAGAUCUUUCAUGCCAUUGAGUUUUUAAUAAAUUUAUAUACCUAUAUGUUCUUUGUUAUGGUCAAAAUUUUUUAUUUACUCUCCA